UACACAGAGAAACCCUGUCUCAAAAAACAAACAAAAAACAAACAACCUGAAGAGGUGGCUCAGCAGUUAAGAGCUCUCACCGGCUGCUCUUUCAAAGGACUCCAUGGCUGCAGGCACUCAAGUGUGUACUUACCCAUUGCCACGCACGCACAGCAAUUUAAAAUAGGAUUUCACAGCUAGUGCAGGCUGUCUCUAGCAAGACCCGGUCUCGAAGAAACAAAAAUAGAUUACUGGACAUUAUCUGUGGUGGUUCACACUUGUAAGCCCUGCAUUUUAGAGGCUAAGACAGGAGGAUUGCCACAAAUUUGAGGCCAGCCUGAGCUACAUAGCAAGACCCUGUCUUGAAAAAGAAAAAGAAACGCAAGGGAAAAUGUUACUUGGUGGUUGGUUAGGGCUUCAUGUGAAAAGAGCUACGCUAGCGUGACAGCCUGAGUUCGGAUCCUUGGAACCCACAUGAAAGCCGUGUGCUCUUCAGAGGUGGUCAUGGAGGUGCUGACCCUGGGCCAGGCCCAGAGAGGCCCCUGCACAGCUCUGCUCCACAAAGAGAUAUUCGAGACAGAGCCCCGUGGCUGUGUGUCCCUUGAGCAGAAGAGGUUGCUGGGCAGGGAGUUCAACAAGCAGGAGGCUGGAGAGAUGAGGUCCAGCCAGGAGAUAGGGGACAAGGAAGAGGAGGAAGCGGCGGAGAGGACCCAGGAGUCUGAGGUGCGGGAGCAGGCCAUCCACACACAGCUCCACAGCCGGCUCCGUCAGGACGAGGAGAAGGAGGAGGAGGAGAAGAGCCAGCCAGGGAAGACCUUUGAGCGGAUAUGGGAGCAGCAAUUAGAGAGUGCCAGGGGCCCCCAGAAGCGGGUGGCUGAGAAGGCCAGCAAUGAGGAGGCGGCCCAGUUUCAGGCAGAGGAGAAGGGCAUGCAGCUGCUGGGCGGAGGCCGCCAUCUGUGGCAGGGGGCUGAGAUGGCCGGGGCAGGAAGGCGUGAAGGGUCCUCCAGCCAUCAUCACCACCCGGAGCAGCCAGGCACCAAGGCCAAACAGGAGGAAGAGGCAGAGGAGGAAGAGGCGUCAGAGCAGGAGGAAGAUGAUGUGGAACGGCUGGAGCGCAUGAAGGAGCAGCUGAAGGAGGCCACCGCCAUGCUGGGAGAGGCACUUGGGAGGGAAGGCUGACCCCUCGCCACUCUCCUCCUUCCCCAUACCCCCUAAGGCUCAGACAGUUGACCUCAGAGCCCCCAACCACGCGGCAUCCUGCUCCACUUCCAGCUGGCAGGGACUGGUGUGCCUGAGAGAAGUCUGAGGGGGCAGGGUUCAGACUGACUCAGCCCCCCCCCCCAUCCCUCUGAGUGAAUAAAGCACAAAGCA